AUCAACAAGGCCUGACUCGGACUACAAACCGGCCGUCUUUGGUGGUUUAGCAGCUUCAGUCCUCACAUCUCAGACAUAGCACAUAUCCCCGCUGGGAAGACUCUCAUCACCAUGGCGGGAUGGUUUGGCUCCUCAGCCAACAGCGCCUUCGACGAGCAGAUUGAGCGUGCCACUUCCUCAAGCUUAGAGGAUAUGCCACUCAACCUGGAGAUAUCCGACGUGAUACGGUCCAAGACAGUGCAGCCUAAAGAUGCCAUGCGCGCAUUGAAGAAGCGGAUAGGGCACAAGAACCCCAACGUCCAGCUUGCCACGCUGAAUCUCACCGACACGUGCGUUAAGAACGGCGGCGCUCACUUUAUCCAAGAGAUAGCUUCGCGAGAGUUCCUCGACAACAUGACGUCGCUGCUAAAGGCUCCGCCGACAGUCGCGCCGAACUACGAUGUGAAGAACAAGAUGCUAGAGCUUAUACAGUCAUGGGCAACGGCCGCCGAAGGGCGCUCCAACCUGAGCUACAUAAACGAGGUUUACUACUCGCUACAGCGAGAAGGUUUCCGCUUCCCUCCCAAGGAGAACAUUUCCAGCAGUAUGCUUGACAGUAGUGCGCCCCCGGAAUGGACCGACUCGGACGUAUGCAUGCGAUGCCGGACCGCCUUUACCUUUACGAACCGAAAGCACCACUGCCGGAAUUGCGGAAACGUCUUUUGCGGCGCCUGUUCGAGCAAGAGCAUCCCGCUACCCCAUCUCGGCAUAACGGACCCAGUACGCGUUGACGAUGGUUGCCAUGCGAAGAUGACCGAACGAUCGCGGGGAACGCCACUGCCGAGAAUGUUCGAUUCACAUAGGCCGCAUAAGACACUCUACCAAGGCUCAAUGGAACCGCGCAAUGCGCGCGUAGAAGACAGCUUCGAUGCAGACCUAAAGCGUGCGCUGGAGAUGAGCUUGGACGAAGCCAAGGGAAACAGCUCCUCCGGCUUUGUGCCUCAGUCACAGCUGCAGUCACAAUCUAGGAAUACCAAUGGAGCCAUUAAGAAGCAACCCGAGGAAGAGGAGGACGCCGAUCUGGCCGCUGCAAUAGCGGCUUCUCUAGCCGACAUGGAAGAGCAAAAGAAGAAAUACUCCACAACGUUCCGGGAACAAGCUUCGAGCGCGAACGGAUCCGCACCUUUCGUUGCGCCCAAGAAUGAUUACGAAUUGACCCCCGUCGAGGCUGAGAACAUCAACUUAUUUUCCACGCUAGUCGAUCGAUUGCAACAUCAGGCACCUGGUACCAUCCUCCGCGAGCCCCAGAUACAGGAACUGUAUGAGAGUAUUGGGAAACUGAGGCCAAAGCUCGCGCGGACCUAUGGUGAAACCAUGAGCAAGCAUGACACACUUCUUGAUCUCCACGCUAAGCUGUCUACUGUUGUUCGAUACUACGAUCGCAUGCUCGAGGAGAGGUUGUCAAGCACAUACAACCAGGCAAAUGCCAUGUAUGGUCUUCCAUCUGCGCAACGGCCAGCAUCGAAUCUGUACCCAAGCAUACAGUCGGGCGCACCCGAGGGGACGGGUGAGAACUAUUACACAGGAAACGCAGGGCCUUCAAGUGCCUAUGGUCAGCCACAAUCGCAGUAUGCUGGUUACCCACCACAACACCAAGCCUACCCCGAUCGGCGACCACAGUCUUAUGCCCCACCGCAAGAACAAUACCAGCAACCCUCACAACCGUACCCUAAUCUCGCACAACAGCCUCCUAGUAAUGCUUAUCAGCAACCUCCAUCGCCACAACUACAGCGCCAGGUUUCUAAUCAACAGUACCCGCCGCAAGCACCACCAUCCACAGUAUCAGAUGCGGAAAGUGCGAGCUACUACUAUGGCGAUGGUAAAGCAGCACAGUCCUCACAACCACCUCAGACCUAUACAUCACAACCUCCCCAACAACAGCAACCUCCUUCGCCACAAGCAUAUGCUCGUGCCCCACCACAGCAGACGCCCAUGUCACCACCCGCUCAACCUGCAGCUGGCUGGCAGAACCCCCAGCAACAGCAACAACAAGCUCCGCCGCAACAGCAACAGCAGCAGCCACAACAACAACCUCCACAGCAACAACAGCAGCAGCCUCCGCAACAGCAACAGCAACCUCAACAACAGUACUGGCAGCAGCAGCAGCAACAAGCACCUCAACAGCAGCAAUCUUCAACAUGGCAACCAGCACCCUACGCCACAGGUGGCUACGGCCCCGAGAGUUUCCCCUCGGCCCCACAGAACCAGCUCCCCGCCGCCCAACAAAAGGCAGUUGAAGAACCGUUGAUUGAUUUGUAA